AGGACUCGAGGAUCCUGUCAACAUCACCAUGAACUUUACCACCGCUAUAAAUGAAAACCAAAGACCUUCCUGUCAGUUCUUUAAUUUUUCCACAAACAAUUUUAGUCGUGAGGGCUGCUCCACUCAUUGGACACCUGGUCAGAAUAACGUCACCUGUUCCUGUAACCAUUUCACGUACUUCGGUGUGCUCAUGGAAACUGGUUCCGUCUCAAAGACAGACCAGGAGAUACUAGCAUACAUUACUCUGAUUGGCUGCAGCGUUUCUCUCUUUGCCCUGGUCGUCACUGUUUUACUCUUCAUCAUAAUUCAGACACUCAGAGAAGAUUCCUCUAUGAAGAUCCACAUCAACCUCGUAAUUGCCCUGAUCCUCCUCAACCUGCACUUCCUGCCCAGUCAUACAGCUGCAGCAGCACAGACCUCCCACUGGCUUUGUUUCUACAUGGCUCUUGCCCUUCAUUACUCCCUGCUGGCCACUUUCAGCUGGAUGGCCUUGGAGGGGUUCCAUCUCUACCUUCUGUUAAUCAAAAUCUUCAACAUUAGUGUCAGCAGAUACCUGCUCAAACUCAGCGUGGUGGGAUGGGGUCUCCCUGCAGUCAUCGUGUCAGUGGUGGUGGGCAUAGACAGACGCUUUUAUGGCCGUGUCUCUCCAGACUGGUCACAUGAUGAAGACGCUCAAAUAUGCUACAUAACUAAUAAAAUAGUGAAGACGGUGACGACAACAGGGAUCUUCACCAUGGCCUUCCUCUUUAAUAUGAUCAUGUUUAUGGUGACAGUCAAGCGUGUUGUGAAUCUUCACCGUAAGAAAGUCGGGCAAAAUAUUCUUCCCCUGCUGGGUGUCAGCGCCCUGCUCGGCAUUACCUGGGGCCUGAUCUUCUUCGCAUUCGGUCAAGUGAACACUGUUGUCCUCUACGUCUUCUGUAUCCUGAACCCACUGCAAGGUUUCUUCGUCUUCCUGUGGUUUGUGAUGUCACUGAGAAAGGCUAAAAACUCAGCUCCUAAGCCGAGCAGUGAAACACACACCACCAACAACAAGUAA